AUGUCACUUCACACGCCCGUAUUCGCCGGCCUUGGCUCCGAUGUACUCUUCUCCAAGUCUAGCCUCGACGCAUCGGCGCGUGAUGCGUUGCUGCCCGAGUCUCAGCUUCUCUUGCAGGCUUGCCAUGCCAUCUUCCACACUGAAAUCUCCCACGCCAUCCGCUCCGGCAUCCUCUCCCAUGACAUUGAUCUUCAGGACUUUAACACACCCGAAAAGGUCCUCUCACCCAACGAACGCUACCAUGGAAACGUGGUGGUACAACACACUACAUUAUAUCUCUCGCAGAUCCUUAGAUACCUCGGGCAACUACCGCAACAAAGCGAAUUGCUUGAGGUCGCUGCCUUUUGCGCCGGCCUCCUCCCCGCUACGGUCGUUUCCACAUCCCGCAAUCCUAUUGAAUUUCUGUCACGAGCUCAAGACCUCUUCUACGUCUCCGUUUGGCUCGGUAUCCGUAGCGAAAAUUAUCGGAGGUCUUACCUGGCCCUUCACGCUUGUGGGCCUAGCCUUCCUUGGAGCAUUGUUGUCGACGGCAUCAAUGCCGAACGUGCCAAAGAAAUCAUCGCCACCUCGACAUCGCAGAACGACCAAACUGUCUUUGUGACUGCUUUGAACUCGCCCAAUUGCGUGACCUUGAGCGGGACUGGAGAACAGCUCCAGAACUUCCUUUCCACCCAACUCCCUCCCAAGUGCCGCACUCGGGCAACCAACGUGCGCUCGCUUUACCAUGUCUGUGACAGGCUUGCUCCUCUUAAACAAACUAUAUAUGAGGAUCUUCAACAGCGAUGCCCCUCGAUGUCAACCUCUGUGGCUUUUGUUGCCCCGUUGCUCUCCACAAUUGACGGGCAACCAAUCAACUGCGUCGAGGCAGGACCUCUAGGUACUGUCAUCAACACCAUUUUGGACAUGAUAAUGCUUCAUCCUGUCGACUGGGUCGCGGUUCAAAACUCAAUCUUCGCUGGUGUAAAUAAGGCUUCUGCCUCUUCCACUGCUGGAACGACGAUUGACAUUUUGAACAUGGGUCCCGGCUAUGGCAUGUCAACAUCUGCUUUCCAAUUACCAAGCAACGUGAAAAUACGCGAUGUGAUGUCACUCGCUGGCGCUCCCAACUCCUACCGCAAAGCUUCCAGACUGGCGCCAGGCGACAUUGCCAUUGUUGGCAUGGCGGUCGACCUUCCGGAUGCGUCCGAUGUGGACUCAUUAUGGGCGAAUUUGGUUGAUGGCAUUAACUCAUGCUCAGAGAUACCGGAGUCGAGAUUUCAUAUCGAUGACUUUUACCAUGCAAAAGAGCUGAAGAAGGGUAGUGCUAAUCGCACCCUCAACACAAGAUACGGCAACUUCCUUCAGAACCCUUUCCAAUUCGAUAACGGCCUUUUCGAUAUAUCCCCACGUGAAGCGCGGUCAAUGGACCCGCAGCAGCGUGUAAUGCUCCAAACAGCAUUCAGAGCACUCGAAAAUUCAGGCUACGUGCCGGACUCAACGCCUUCAAACAAUCGUGAUACGUUCGGGUGCUGGAUCGGCAAUGCCACGCUGGAUUACCCUGCGAAUAUGAAGGACGACAUUGAUGUUUACUACAGCCCAGGCACACUGCGCACCUUUCAAAGUGCGCGCAUCUCGUACGUCUUUGGUUGGAGCGGCCCGUCCAUAACCCUGGACACGGCUUGCUCGUCUUCUGUAGUUGCCCUGCACCAAGCCGCCAGAUCGAUAAUCGCCGGAGAUUGCCGCGCCGCACUCGUUGGCGCCGUCAAUACGAUCACGAGUCCCGAUAUGUACCUUGGCCUUGACCGUGCACACUUUUUGAGCCCAUCGGGUCAAUGCAAAGCGUUCGAUGCAUCUGCCGACGGGUAUUGUCGUGGUGAAGGGUGCGGCGCUUUUGUCAUUAAGAAGGUCAGCGAUGCCAUAGCAGACGGCGAUCGAAUUGACGCAAUCAUCAAAGCUGUGGAGAUUAACCAGAGCGGCAACACCCACUCCAUUACGCAUCCCCACGUCCCUACACAAGAAGAGCUGUUCAAACACGUGUUUCGGAAAACACGAAUUGACCCUCACAUGGUCACUGCUGUUGAGCUGCAUGGCACUGGUACCCAAGCUGGAGACCCAGUGGAGCUGCAGAGUGUGCGGCGUGUCCUGUGUCAGGAUAGAUCACCGGAUAAUCUCCUUCACUUGACAUCCAUCAAAGCGAAUAUUGGCCACUGCGAGGCUGCUUCUGGGGCUGCCGGGCUGGCGAAGCUGGUCCUCAUGAUGAAGCAUAAUCGCAUCCCCCCUCAAAUCUCCCUCAAGGUGCUAAAUCCACGCAUUCAAAACCUUGGUGAUGAUGGUGCUGUCAUUAAUAAAGAAGGGGCAUUAUGGCCACAAAUCGAUGGUCAGCCACGUAUGGCGAUGCUAAACAACUUCGGUGCCGGAGGAUCCAACGGAGCUGUCCUCUUGCAAGAGUACAUCCCAGCUAAACAACCGACCGAUUUGGGAAGUAGUAGCUUGCUCAGCUACGUAUUUGGGUGCUCCACCAAGAGCAUGGCUUCGCUAACAAAGCUUCGCGAUGAACUCAUCUCGCAUAUUAUGAAUAAGGGCAGGUUCGAAUCGCUCCGAGACAUUUGUGCGACAAGCACAAGCCGGCGCCAGAUCUACGAUAUACGCAUCGCAGUUGUCGCAACCUCCUCCGAUGACUUGGUAGAGAAGCUCCAAAAAGCGACACCUCACCACAUCUCCGAUUCAGUAGUCAAAGAGCCGAAAGCCGUUUUUGUUUUCUCUGGUCAGGGCUCACAGUACUUGGGCAUGGGCGCUGAACUUAUGGGAAUCUACCCAAGUUUCGCCAAGACCGUGUGGGAGUGCGACGUCUAUCUCAAAGAACGCAACUAUCCCGGGUGUGUCCAAAUUAUCACUGCUGCCGAUGUAGAAAACGGACUCGAGCACCUCACGGAGUGUGCAAAACUGCAAGCGUUCCAGUCAGCGAUAUUCGUCUUAGAAGUUGCCCUUGCGCAACUACUUAUGUCUUGGAACAUUGUUCCAAGUGCGGUCGUAGGCCACAGUCUUGGGGAAUAUGCUGCUCUAGUUAUUGCUGGAGUUCUCGACACCUUCAGCGGGCUCAGCUUGGUCGCUCGUCGUGCGAAAUUGAUGAUGGGUCAAUGCCAGCUUCAAACAACCUCCAUGCUUGCUGUCAAUGCUAGCGCUGAAACUGUGCAAGACCUGAUCCAAAACUCAGAGGUCUUCCCCUGCUUGUCAAUCUCAUGCGACAAUAGCGCAAACGAUUGCGUUGUUGGUGGCCCAAUCCAGGAGCUUCAAACGCUCAAGGAGUAUCUUCGUGAGAACCUCAAGGCCAAGAGCAAGGUGCUCGAUGUGCCCUUGGCCUACCACACAAAUGCAAUGGACCCCAUCCUCCCCGAGCUUACCCAAUUCGUCUCCACGAUUGAUCUAGGCCGACCAAAGAUUCCCGUGGUCUCGAACGUUCUCGGACGUACCAUUGAAGCCGGCGAAACUGCCUUUACUAAAGAGUACUUUGCGUCACACUGUCGACAGACGGUCAAAUUCCACAAAGGAGUUCAAGAAUUUCUUACCACCAAAAUCGGAUCGACGGCCACGAGAUGGAUAGAGAUUGGCCCGCACCCGUCAUUGCUGCCCAUGCUGGGUACGUGCGUUGACAAAGGAUCGGUCGACCUUCUUCCUACUCUGCGGAAAGGUAAUUCACCUUCAAGCACCAUGGCACAGCUUCUGUGUAAUUUCUAUACUACUUCCACCGGCAUCAACUGGCGUAAACCAUUCGAUGGCGUGUCCAAACCUCGUCUCGUUGACAUACCUGGAAUCCCAUUUUCGAAACAAGAGUUCGGCGUCCACUACCCAUCCGAAUUGACUGCCAAAGGAAUUGAUACCGAGGUUGUCCGACCCGUCAUUCGAAGCGACAGUUUCAUCGCCAAGAGGGUGAAGCAGCCAACAUUAGAUGAUAGAUCGGCGAUUUAUGAUACGCCGUUGUAUCUGCUCAAAGACUUCAUCACUGGGCAUUUGGUUGCCGAACACGCUCUUUGUCCCGCAUCGGUAUAUCAUGAGAUUGCACUGUCGGCAGUAAAAGACCUCGAGCCCGAAUCGGGGACAUCCCAUGUCUGGAGUUUGUCCAAGGUGACUUACGUUGCACCAUUGCUGCACCAUGACGAGCCCACUGCAACGGCAAGUUCUGUGCGAGCCAUACUCAAGCCUCUUGACGGCUCUCAGGGAUCCUAUGAGUUUGAGAUACUCUCUUACAACAAUACAAUUGGUGCAAAUCAUGGCACGUCGCACUGCAAGGGAAUCUUGAAGCGCAAGUCAAGUCCGACGCUGCAGAUGAAGUAUGCCCGUGUUGCCCCCAUGCUGGUUCGCAAGACAGAGCAGAUGGUCUCAAACACGGCUCAGGCCUGGCAAGAGAUCCUCAUGAAGAGAGCCAUGUACGAAAUGGUCUUCACUAGGGUGGUCACCUAUUCAGAGCCGUACCAGCGGGUGCAGUCGAUUCGAAUUGAUGGAGCCAGUGGGGAUACCCACGCCGUCUGCCAGUAUCCCGAUGACCGCCUUGGCACUGCUGGUCUGCCCGCUGCGAACGCCAUUUUCAUGGAUGUCUUGUUGCACGUCGCAGGCUUCGCUGCCAACAUCAGAGUCGGCACCCAGAUUUUGUGCAUGUGUAAGGAGGUUAUAUCCGCCACUGUCCUUCGAAGUUCUCUCGCUCCUGGAGAAACCUUCGAGGUAUAUUGCACCCUCAACAAUGUCGUCAGCGAGGGCUUGACGAUUGCAGAUGCCUAUGCCUUUGACUCCCAAGGAGUUUUGGCAGUGUUUAAAGGCAUGGCGUUUCAGCAGAUUGAGCUCUCGAAAAUCGGCAGGGCUCUCGCCAUCACCGCAAAGAAGCUUUCGGGGGGCUCCGCGCAUCAGCCUGCAGUAGCAGCGGCUGUGCAAUCCCAUGCUCCUUCGGCUCAGGACCCGGUCCAGGUUCCGAUACCUGAUACAUCUAGACCAUCGGUCAGGGCCAUGAUUGCCACCACUUGUGGAGUGGAACCAUCAGUGCUCUCCGAGACUACAGGCCUUGAGAGUCUUGGAUUUGAUUCUCUUAUGAUGAUCGAACUGCAAUCUGAGAUUUCGACUAAGUUCCCCCACGCCAGUGUCUCAGAGUUGGAGGAGUGCCAGACGGUUGGAGACAUUGAGCGAAUCUGCGCUGUUCAAGGCACUCCCUCUCAGUCAAUCACCCCGGUCUCAGGACUGUCGACUAGCUCGAUGACCAGCUCCUCCAGCACUCCCCCCAGUGCGAUAGCCACGCCAGUCAGCAAGAGAGAUGUUUCUGCGAUCAUCGCCGAUGCCUGUGGAACCAGCCCAGACACCAUUUCGUCAAGCUCGAACCUCCAACAUCUCGGCAUCGACUCUCUCAUGAUCUUGGAGCUUGAAGUUCGCCUCGAGGAGAUCUUCAAAGACGGGAAGACCGCAUCUGCUGCAAACCUUUUAAACUGUCGCACAGUUGGCGAUGUUGAAAGAUUGCGCAACGUGCACAAGCAAGUCGAAGAGGCAACGUAUUUCCCCUCGCAGAACAACUCGCGCAAAGUCUCUAGAAUGAACCUCUCCACUGUCCUGAAGCUCGAUGCCGUCAUGGUGCAGAAGGUGACACGCGCUCUCAAGCUCUCCGAACAACCUGAAGUCAUCAUCAGUGGCGCGUCUGCCAGCCCCAAUGCUCUGCCAUUAUUUUUGGUUCACGAUGGUAGUGGUGUCUGCAUGCAGUAUCAUCGCUUGCAGUCACUCAACCGCCAGGCGUACGCGCUUCACGAUCCCAAGUUUAUCAACACAGCCGAAGCAUGGUCCAGCCUCCGUCAGAUGGCAGAAAACUACGCUGACACGGUCCACCAUACCACCGAAGGCCCUUGCCUCGUAGGCGGUUGGUCCUUUGGCGGCGUCGUCGCCUUCGAGGCGGCAAGAAUCCUAAUGGCGAGGAACCAUGCCGUGAAAGGCAUUAUCCUCAUUGACUCGCCGCCUCCAUUGGAUCAUCAUCCUCUCUCAGCCGACAUCAUCGAGGCCGUCACCGGCAGCGCAAAGACCUCGCCAAAUGCACUGGGCAAAGCAAUCCGACAACUUACGCAUCGGAGCUUCUUGUCCUGCGCAGCCUUGUUGGGUGCGCACAAGCCUACGCACUUCUCGCAUAGCCCAGCACCGCCUGCCAUUUUGCUCCGCUCCGCUGACGGCUGGCGGCGAGAUGGAGACACUAGCAACCCGCGAGGUGUCAUGAACCCCAAAUCCAUCGAGAACGCUUGGCUGCAGGACAGGUCGGAUGUAAGGACGGCUACGGAGGAUUGGGAGGCAGUGACUGGGACCACAGUGCGAUGCUUCGACAUCCCAGGUAACCACUUCCAGGUCUUCGACGUGGCGAACAUUCAGGCUGUGUCGGAGGUUAUGGUAAAGGCGUGUGCGUUGUUGGAAGGGUCUGUCUGA